AUGGAUAGUAGCAUCCACCUGAGUAGUCUGAUCAGUCGGCAUGAUGACGAAGCCACGAGAACAUCGACCUCAGAAGGACUGGAGGAAGGUGAAGUGGAGGGAGAGACGCUCCUGAUUGUCGAAUCCGAGGAUCAGGCAUCAGUGGACUUAUCGCACGACCAGAGUGGGGAUUCCCUCAACAGCGAUGAAGGAGAUGUGUCGUGGAUAGAGGAGCAGCUGUCCUACUUCUGUGACAAGUGCCAAAAAUGGAUACCAGCCAGUCAGCUGAGGGAACAGCUCAGUUACCUUAAGGGUGAUAAUUUUUUUAGGUUUACUUGUUCGGAUUGCUCAGCAGAUGGCAAGGAGCAGUAUGAAAGGCUGAAGCUGACAUGGCAGCAAGUCGUCAUGUUGGCAAUGUACAACUUGUCUCUGGAAGGAAGUGGACGUCAAGGUUAUUUCAGGUGGAAAGAAGAUAUCUGUGCUUUUAUUGAGAAACACUGGACUUUUUUACUAGGGAAUAGGAAAAAGACGUCUACCUGGUGGAGCACCGUGGCAGGCUGCCUCAGCGUGGGAAGUCCCAUGUACUUCCGUUCAGGUGCUCAGGAAUUUGGAGAGCCGGGAUGGUGGAAACUUGUUCAUAACAAGCCCCCAACGAUGAAACCUGAAGGAGAGAAGUUGUCUGCCUCUACUUUGAAAAUAAAAGCAGCCUCAAAACCAACUUUAGAUCCCAUCAUUACUGUUGAGGGACUUAGAAAACGAGCAAGUCGGAAUCCUGUGGAAUCUGCCAUGGAAUUAAAAGAGAAAAGGUCUCGAACUCAGGAAGCAAAAGACAUUAGAAGAGCCCAGAAGGAGGCCGCUGGCUUUCUUGACAGGAGCACGUCUUCUACCCCUGUAAAAUUCAUAAGCCGAGGCCGCAGGCCAGAUGUGAUUCUGGAAAAAGGCGAAGUGAUUGACUUUUCCUCCUUGAGCUCCUCUGACCGCACCCCGCUGACAAGCCCAUCUCCUUCUCCUUCUCUGGAUUUCUCUGCCCCUGGGACACCUGCCUCUCAUUCUGCCACACCUAGCUUGCUUUCAGAAGCAGAUCUGAUUCCAGAUGUGAUGCCCCCACAAGCCUUGUUUCAUGAUGAUGAUGAGAUGGAAGGCGAUGGAGUCAUAGACCCAGGGAUGGAGUACGUCCCACCCCCUGCUGGGUCAGUAGCUUCUGGGCCAGUGAUUGGGGGCAGAAAGAAGGUCAGAGGCCCUGAACAGAUAAAGCAGGAGGUAGAGAGUGAGGAGGAAAAACCCGACAGGAUGGAUAUUGACAGUGAAGACACAGAUUCAAACACGUCUUUGCAAACAAGGGCUAGAGAAAAGAGGAAGCCUCAGCUGGAGAAGGACACAAAGCUGAAUGAGCCCAAGUAUACUCCCGUGAGCAUCUAUGAGGAAAAGCUGCUGCUCAAGAGGCUGGAAGCUUGUCCCGGUGCUGUUGCCAUGACUCCGGAAGCUCGGAGACUGAAACGCAAACUGAUUAUCAGACAAGCGAAAAGGGAUAGGGGAUUACCACUUUUUGACUUGGAUCAAGUUGUUAAUGCUGCUCUUCUGUUAGUUGAUGGGAUUUAUGGAGCCAAAGAAGGAGUUUCCAGACUUCCAGCUGGACAAGCCACGUACAGAACUACCUGUCAGGACUUCAGAAUCCUUGACCGAUACCAGACUUCCUUGCCGUCCAGAAAGGGAUUUCGACACCAGACCACCAAGUUUUUGUAUCGCUUGGUGGGAUCAGAAGAUAUGGCUGUGGACCAGAGUAUUGUCAGCCCUUAUACCUCUCGGAUCUUGAAACCUUAUAUCAGGCGUGAUUAUGAAACAAAGCCACCCAAACUGCAGCUCCUGUCACAGAUUCGUUCCCACCUGCACAAGAGCGACCCUCACUGGACACCGGAGCCCGACGCACCUCUCGAUUACUGUUAUGUGCGGCCAAAUCACAUCCCAACGAUCAACUCCAUGUGUCAGGAGUUUUUUUGGCCUGGCAUUGACCUGUCUGAGUGUCUGCAGUACCCAGACUUCAGUGUUGUUGUUCUUUAUAAAAAAGUCAUCAUUGCCUUUGGCUUCAUGGUUCCCGAUGUGAAAUACAAUGAAGCUUACAUUUCAUUUCUGUUUGUCCACCCUGAAUGGAGAAGAGCAGGGAUUGCAACUUUCAUGAUCUAUCAUCUGAUUCAGACCUGCAUGGGCAAGGACGUAACCCUUCAUGUCUCAGCAAGCAACCCUGCUAUGCUACUGUACCAGAAGUUUGGAUUCAAGACUGAAGAAUAUGUAUUAGAUUUCUAUGAUAAAUAUUACCCAUUGGAGAGUACAGAGUGUAAACACGCAUUCUUUCUGAGGCUCCGGCGCUGAUGUGAGUACAGCUCACAGAGAAACACAUGCGCUAUUGGAGAACAGGUCUUUGUGGAGAUCUAAAGGCAGUGAUUGAUUUCACAGGGAGCUCUAAUCUUCUCUGUGAUUACAUGGUCCUUCAGACUCCCAGCCAAAGUGAGAAAAGCGGCAUGCAGUGAAAUGAGCAGUGAGCAGCCCUUUAGCACAAUCACCCUCCAGUCCUUCCUGGAAUGCCUUCAGCCAGCAUCCCAGACUCCACAGUUAAAUGAACGAUGUCGUGAUUCUCCCUCCACCUGACAGUUUGUAAGAGGGAAAGAGCAUCUAACCUGAUGCUCUUGGAGAGAGAUAACCUGUCUGUCAUGACUUAAAGGAUGAGAAAAUGUGGUGUGCUAUUAAAGAUUCAGGCAGUCCCAAAAGGCACUGUCCUGUCCUGGGAUGAUGAGAGAUCAUGAGGUGAUUUCAUAAAAGGAAUCCAACCCUGUGCCCGGCCAUUGAUGUGUUGUCAUUGAAUCCAGGAGGAUUUCUAGGGCACUGAAGUUUUGUUGUUUCUUUUGCUGACUUUGGUUACCGUCAGAAAAAAUAAACUAGAUGUUUGUGUCUA